AUGUCAGGAGAAUUGCCAGAUGUUGAUAGCCAUUAUAUUCAAGGCAGACUGGAGCAGCUGGAGCGACGGUUAGAACGAGCUCAGGAGUUACGGGUAGGUUAAUAUCGCUUUUAUGGUUUUUUAUAUUUUAAAUGACGUUUUGAAUGGGUAGUUGUUGUGAACCAAGCACUUUCUUUGUUAAAGAAUUAAAUUUUGAAUAGUUUAUUUAGUAACAUAACAAUAUAAACCUACUUUCAGAAUGAAUACGUUGAGAACAUGAAGAAACAGAACCCCGAGAUCUACAAUAUUCGAAUGGAGAUGGAAAAGAACGAAGCGAAUCAGAUGCCAUUUAAUGAUAACACUCAACCUGUCAAAAGUAACAAAUUCAGCCAAGAUUUGUUUCAAAAUCGACCGUCUUUGAUGAGAAGAUUGGAAACUGGGCAAUACUUUUGGGACGAUGUUAAAAGAUACGACGGAAAUGGCAGGCAACCUCUACCAGUCAACGAUCCUGUACCUGGAGGGCUAAUAUUGUCAUCGGACAUGAAGAAUCUGCAAGAGCGGUUGAAGAAUCUUGGGUCAGAGAUCAGAAACUUAAGGGAAUAUAGACUAUCUGCUCCUACUUCACAUUAUUUCAGGUAUUAUUUUUAGUUGUAUAUGUAUAACAUGUAUAAAACACUUUUUAUGUAAAAACAUUAUUAGGGUAUAAAAUAUCUUUAUUAUCUAAAUUUCCUGUUACAGUACUAUGAAGUCGAACCAACCUCAAACUAGGUCUCCAGAACUGCCGUCUCUAGUUGAACUCCGCCAUCGUAUUUUACAGAUGGAUAUGAACAUAGAGAAGAGAGCCAGAGAGAUGUUAACCGAAGCUAAUGUAAAACGUCGCUUGAUGACUGAAAAGGAAGUAAACGAUACAGUAACCCUAGAAGAUCCGUUGAAGAUUUUGUCGAGUAAAAUAGGAUUUGAUCUUCUAAAGGAUGCAGAUAAGCACGAUGGCACGAAAACUACAGUAACCGAGACAAAAACAGAAGACAAAGGACAAGUCCAAGAAGUUGAACCUACUGUAAACAAUGAGGAACAGAUGAAUGAUGGCGGGAAGAAAGAUGCGCCUGCUCCUACCAUCGCUCCUACGAGGAAUCUGGUCUUUGGACAACAACAAAAAGGUACUACAUGGUAUUGUGUAUUAUUAUUGCAGUUUAUGUUUUAAUUAUAUUACACUCUACAUUGGUUUAGUUACGAAGGUAUAAAGUUAGUUCUAAAGGUAUUAAGAUUUUUGGUAUUUUAGAUAAUUAAAUGCGCUUUUUAGCUCCUGAGUCCUCAUCCUACAACAAAUUGCUGAAACUUCUGAAGUCGCCACCAAGCAAUCAAAGCUCAGAAUCCGAAGAUGAGCCAGCACGGAAGGAGUACGUGUUUUUGUUUUUUACUUCUGUCUGCAAAGUUUACUUAAUAUUCCGGACGCCAUUACUUUUUAGGGCUUAUUCUAGACAUUACUGUCGGAAAAGUUAUGAAUUUUGAAAUUUUGUUUAAAAUUAAAAAAUUUUAAUAAAAAGUAAUGGGUAACAAUAACCGUCACGUUCUUAUUGUAUAGAUGAACUUUUAUGAAUUAAUUUUUUUUAUUUUGAAAAAUUAAUUUUUUUAAAUAAAAAUGCCAUUGCUUAAAAUUUCGCAAAUUUAGUGACACCCGGUCGUUCAUCGCGCAGCUGAGUCAGCCGAUCGUAAGGCCAUCGUUCCAGCCGCUGGCCGAAAAGAAGAAGCUGGCGCUGCAGGAGCAGGACGUCGACUCGGAUUCCGACUUUUUCCGAUGA